CGCUGCCCCACUGAAAUUUCCAAGUUGUCGCGGGGCAGUCACAAGCCGUAACCACCAUCAGAGCCGAACUCUUCACCUGCAUCAACCUGACGCGACUGGACUAAUUCCUUAGGCCAGUGAACCAAUCCGUUGGUAUCGCACCCGUAUUCGCAGCCAAACCAGACAGCCAGCGAAAUGUCGUCCACAGACCGGCCUCUCGCAGUUCCUACCGACGAAGACGACCCCGUUGUCGCAAGCUACUCUGUCUUCAUCAAGCCGCCCCUGCCCGAGCACCGUAAACUCGUCGUCUUCGAGCACGUCACCAAAACAUCACAAGACCCGGCCCAGAUCCGCGUUCCUCGCAUUGCCGAGCUGCGCGUCAAGCCGAGCACGGGCAUGUACGAGGUGGACGUGCCGAUCGACACGGCCGAUGCAUACGACAGGAACAAGGGCAUAGCAUGGGGGAUAGCGCUACAGAAGUCUAUGGAGGCGAAAAAGGGCGGCAGUCUGGGCUUGGCAGGCGGAUUCAACAUCGUUCCGACGCCCACCACAGCAGGGAGGGGCCGUAGAGGCGGCGGCGGCGGCAACGAUGACGACGAGCUGCCCCUUGGCUGGGCCGAGGCAGCAAGACAGGACAAAGUCCUGAGGACCCAGACCUUCGGCGGCGCCCGCAGCGCACAGGAGGCAAAUACCCGGCACAUGAUCGGCGUUUUUCAAGGGAAAAACCUACACCUGACCCCAGUCUCCUCGGUCGUGCACCUCCGCCCGGUACCGCACCACCUCGACGCAGCGACCGAACAGGACCGCCUGAGCCGCGGGGGCAGCGGCUCCGCGGCCUCGGGGGCCACCGCUGAAAAAGCGGCCGGCUCGGCGGGCCGCGCCAUCCACAUGACCAUCAAGUCGGCCAUGGACGCGGACGGCGGCGUGGCGACCGAGACGAUCGCGGACCGGCUACGCAACGUGCAGACGGAGACGUGGCAGCGCAUGGAGUGGGUGCACGACGAGGCCGAGAUGGCGUGGGAGGCGUACAACGAGUGCUUGCUGCUGCGGACCGGGUCUUCCAAUAACAAAGCCGAUGAUGGUGGAGGAGGAGACGACGUUGACGCGGAGGUGGGCGGUGGAGACACGGGCAAAGGCAAGGGGAAGGAGGUUUUGGCUGCUACGGAGGCCGGGGCGCCCAGUAACGACGAUAGCAGUGCGGCCGACCUGGUCGACAAGGUAGCACGGCUCAAGACGGAAUGGGCGGAGCAGGAGCUGCUGCAGGCCAUGAGUGGGACUGCGCUCGGUGGGGAGGGGCAACAAGCGGGUUCAAGGGGAACAGGGAAUGGGAAGGAGGCAGCGGCGAGGGCUAUGGAGGAAUUGGAGGCACGGCGACCGGGCCGCGCUGGUAGGGGUUCCGCCGCCUCUUCUGCCACAAGGAUAGGUAAGGGGAGGGCGACGAACACGGCCGGUGCGAUGGAGAUUGAUUAGAGCUGGCAGCGUGCGGGUAUUGAAGGCGUGUGGUGUCAUCCAAACUCACUGCCGUGUGUCCGCAUUGGGUCUAAAAACUAAGACAUCGAUAGGACCCUGGCUAUUGAUCAGAU